CUGCUCUGUAAACCGUUUCUCGCGGCCAAAAAUCUGCAUAAGAUGUGGAUUUUUUUGUUUCGUUUGUGUGAUUUUUCUUUGUUAAAGAUAUACUCCCCUUUUGAUGAAUUAGGGUUUCGUAUUUUCGGGCUUGAUAAUUUUCAUGCUAUUUUUCUUGGAAAUUAGGGACUUUGGUUUGACAUGUCGAGGCGAACACUUUUUGUCUUCAAAAAGCUCUUCCCCGGCGGCGGGUCCACUACCCCUAUCCGAUCUGUGUCGACACCAAUAUCCGGCGGCGGUGAUGGAUCAAUUUUAACCAAUUUGUUUGAUAAAUGGUGCGAGGACCGUGGAAAGAAAUAUGCUUCGGAGGAAGAAAAACAACGGAGGCUCAAAGUGUUUGAACGCAACUAUGACACAAUUAUUAAGUCCGGUAAUCGUGUCAAACUCCAUCGGUAUGGUUACCUUGAUGUUGAUGGCCGGGUUGCCUUUUGCGUAGAUGUUUUCGACGAAAAGAAAUACGCUUCUAAACAGAUGAUUCACUGUUACUGCCCACUUGAAUGGGAUGAAGUUAUACGGAGGCUUCACUUCAAAAAACUCAAAUUGGUGGUGGUGGAGUUUAGUCUUUCAUGGCAAGCGCCGAUUCUGUCCAAGACAGCCAAGAAGACUCCCAAUGUUCUAUUUUUGAAGCUGGACUGUGAUGAUGAUAUGGGGAUGCAAUGUGUUGCUCGGCGCUACAAGAUCAAGGUAUUCCCCUCCAUUGUGUUCUUCAAGGAGGGGGCUGUAAUGGAGAGGAUUCAGACUACGGAGGAAGAAGCUGUUGCAGCUAAAAUCACCCGACUAUAUGAUCUUCGUAAUCCUGUCGACGCUUAAGAUAUUACUACCGGAGUAGUACUAUAUAUAUGUGACUUGAGCUCCUUAGAUGAUUUCCACCAGCUUCAUAAAAUUAUACUCCUAAUUAUCUAAUUACAAUAUUAGUUUAUGUUUUUAUUUAACUAUAGUAUUUCAUUAUUUGUCUUUUUUAUGUAUUUGAAUUUUUUAGAAUUCUUUUAAGAUGGGAAUUAAGAGUAUAAUUAUUUGUAUGGUAUAUUAAAGAGUUGAUAUUGAAUUGUAUUAUGAUUCAUAA